AUGGACCUGAUGUGUCCCAUUUCCGCCUGCCUCUUCCGCGAUCCCGUCAUGCUCGUCUCUGGCCACACCUUUGAGCGCGCGUCGAUCGUCGAGUUUUGGCGCCGGCGGCCGCUGGCCAAUCCGCUGGGGACGGGGGAGCGGCUGCGGUCGGCGCAGAUGAUCGUCAACUACGGGUACCGCUCGCAGGUCGACGCGUGGCUCCAGCGCCACCCCGACUACACGCCUGAGGGCUGGUCCUCUCGCGGGGGCGUCCACCGCUGCACGCAAGAGGGCGAGGCAGCCUUCGCAGAGCUCGAGCGAACCAACGGCGCCGUCCCACCCGCCCUCGAGGGGGCUGCGACCCGCAUUUACCUCGUCGGCCAGACGGCGGACGGCGUGAACCGAAAGUACGUCGGCGCGUACCAGCGGGGCACGCAGGUGAUCAACGGCCGCUUCACCUACGCGCGCGUCGGCCAGGGCGGCGACCCAAUGCGCAUGCUCUGGUACUGCACUGACGGUCCGACGGGCGGCCACUGGUGGGCCGGGCCGCGAAACAACCUCGGCUCCCCUGCGGGCUGGCUGGCGGUGCACGACGCGGCGCUCUUCCCCGAGAAGAUCGGGGCGCCGCUGUGCUGCGCGAUGGCGGCUGGAUGCCUGCGCCGACGCUGCGCUGCCUCGCGGGCGAAGCGGGCGAGCGGGCGCACGAGGCGGAGCUGGCGCAGCAGCAGGCGCGGGGACGGGCCGGACGCGCGCGAGGCGGAGGAGACGCAGCGACUGCUGCUCGCGGCGGCGCCGCGCGUCUACCUGGUCGGCGGCACGCCGGCCGGGAUCCACCGCGAGUACCUCGGCGCCUACGACCGCGAGCCCGAGCUCGUCAACGGGCGGCUCGCCUACGCGAUGGCGGGCGACGCGGACAAGAUGCUCUGGUUCUCGAGCGUCAACGGCUACUGGCACGCGGGGCCGCGCGCCAACCUCGGCGGGCCGCGCGGCUGGCUCGCGGUGUACGACCGCGCGCCGCUGCCGGACCGGGUGACGGCGGAGUGGCAGGUCGGGGCGGCGGACUCGAGUUGGACCGCGGCGCCGGAUGAGUCGACGGGGCGGAUCGGGCGCGGGUAG